AUUUGGUCGAGACGGAAUAGGGGCCAGCGGGCCGCAUGCCACUGGAUCCGCACUGGCGGUUACCCCGGGAGGCGCGGCUGGUGCCGUACACGGCGCUCUUUAACCUGCCGAUCCCGUGGCCGAGAUGUCAAGACAUCCGUGGCCUACACGAGGAGGCCUACGAUGGCGACAGCUUGGUGGUGAUCUCUCAGUCCUGGUCCCAUCAAAUGCAUCCGGACCCCACUGGGGUGAAGGCUGCAGCCAUCAUUAGCACGCUGAAGACUGUGGCGGUGAAGCUCCGAGCUGAGGGCCGUUUGCUGGUCUUCUGCGACUUCCUGAGCAUCCCGCAGCCGCCCACGGGGCCACAGCACGACCCCUGGACGGAGUCCGAUAGCCUGGCGGUGCAGGAGGUGAUGGAGGCCCUGCCGCGUCUCAUGUUCAAAGCGGACGCGGUGAUCCACAUCAACGCGCUGCAAGCGAAGCUGGUGAUGGAAGGGGAGAAAUACAGCACCACGUUUAAGGAGCUGCAGAGAAGUUGUCGGCUCCGGCAGAUUGGCAACGUGGUCCAGGUGUGGGAGGAGUUCGCUCGCAUGGACCCUUUUGCGGGCGGCGGCUAUGAGAGCUCCGAGCCGCGGAGGAAGCCAAGGAGCUUCGAUCAGGUCUUGCGGCUGGGGAAUCGCCGGGUGAAGUCCUUGGAUGACCUGCCCGAUGAGGCCAGUGCCCACUGCGUUUGUGCGCCUCGCUGGUGCACCACCUCGGAUGGGGAAGACCAUGCAGUAGAGAUGAUGCGUGCACCUUUCGGAUACCGAAUAGAGGUAGAGCCCACCCAGCAAGGGCGGACCUACUUCGACAGGUUCAUCAGCAUCGUCAAGGUGGCCCUCAUGGAGGAGGCCGCGGCGCCCGAGGUGAUCUUCGCCAACAACGCGGAUGUGAAACGAGACAUCCUGAACGGCGGGGCACGGCUGCGGAAAGCGGCCCAGACGGGCCCGGACGUGCUGGCGCAUGAGCUGCGCUCGUUUACGGAGGAGCUGGAGUCGAAGACCUUCAUCCCGGUGGGCUUCGAGCUGGCGGAGGGAAACCGCGACUUCGAGACCAAGCAGCGGGAGAUGGUGAGUAGCCUCAUGCAGGUCUUCCUGGAGGACUUGAACAUCGGGGUGUCGCUGUCCCUUUGGCGCGCCUUGCGUGAUGAGCGCCUCGACGACUGCCGCCGGCUCUUGCAAGACAAGGCCGAUCCCAACAUCGUGGAUGGCAAGGGCCAGACGUGUCUCCACCACGCAGCGCAGGCGCGGUCGACGAGCUCCGUGUCUUUGCUCGUCCACUUCGGAGCUUCCAUGAGUGCUCGCGACCAUCGGGGAUGUACUCCGGCGCACGUCAUCCCGCUUUUUGCGGACGACACCACAAAAAGGCUCAUCAUGUUCUUCUUGGAGCAAGACUGCAGCGCUCUCUUCGAGACAGACAAGGCGGGGGUCAGCGCCAUCGAGCGCUUCUUCCUCUGGUCGCUGAUGGCGGCGGAUGGGGAGCCCUGGGAGCCCAUGUCCAGCCGCCUCAAGGAUAUCUUCAGCCUGGAGGAGGCGCUGCCGUUCUGGCCCUCCAUGGACGACUUCGGCAUCUCCAGCCUCCACGUAGCCUUCCCCGAGGCCACGUCCCCACCCGCGCGGGUGGAGAAACGGCGCCUGCAGUUCAACGGGCUCUUGCGGACCAUCUACGUGGUGCAUCCCUGCCAUGUCACUGGGGACCCGGUGCUCUACCUAGGUUUCUGCCGGCUGGUGCCGUGGCCGCUGCAAGAGCCGGCGCUGCGCGUCAUCGCGCACCGGCUGAACCGGAAGAUCUUCUGCAUCGCCUCGGAGGGAGUGUCCCCCGAUUUGCUGCAGACGGAUGAUUUGGAUCCAAAUGGGCAAGCCUUUUUUACGGACUUGUACACCUUCAUCGACACCCUGCCUUUGCCAUACAGGCUUAUGGUGAUCGACAGCACCUUCGGUGUGGGUGUGCCGUUGCUCUGGCGGCUCCAAGACAGGCUGAAGCAGGUGCUGGUGAUCAAUUGUUCCUGGAUCUUCAGGCAUCACCAUCACCACUCCUUGCAGUCCACGAUGCAGCAGACGCUGAAAGAGGAGGUGCUGCGGCUGUCGGCGCUGGCGUCGGCCAGAGAUGCCAAGAGCCUGGUGAAGCACUUCGGCGACUUCGCGCUCUCCGCGUCCAUGGCCAAAGCCCAGAGCGGCACCACGCGGAACUGGCAGUUCUUGGCCAACGAGUACGAGGCGGGGCUCACCAACGCCUGCGACGCCUUCUGGCAGAUGUCCGCGGUGCACCCGGUGUGGAACUUCAAGCACCUCACCACGCUGCUUGGAAAUCUGCAGCCCUGGCGACCCAACAACCACGUGGACAUCUUGCUGGCCUACGGCAGUCACACGCCGCCUUUGGCCGUGCAGGAGUCCACCUACAACCUCCAGGAGCUUCUGCCGGGCUCGCUGACCACCUUCAUCGGCCUCAGCUCCUGGCUUUGGCACAUCGAAGGUGUGCCGGCAGUUCAGGAGGUUGCGCGCUUGGCAGAGCUGAUGUGCAAGUCCUCUUCCGCGGGCACGGAGUCUCUGAACGCGCUGCUGGUGCAGCAGAGCCCAGUGGCCAAGGUGACGCCCUCCAAAUCCCCGCACCUGGGAACGGUGCUCGGGGCGAAGUCCAAGUCGCGCCCGCCCUUGCUGCGGCACAUGUCGUCGCUCAAGUCCGCGGAUAUCGCGAACGCCUUAAAGGUGCAGCUCCCGAAGACGGAGGCGUGAAAACUUCUUCCCUUCGGCCCGGCCGGCGGCAUGGCCCCGUGGAUCGAUGGAGGGCGUUC